CCCGCCACACGUGAUCCCCGAAUCAAGGACCCAGUAUGGCGGAGUCUGUCAGACGGUGCCUCUGUCGCUUCUGCGCGGUCCGGCGGAACUCAGAUGACUGCCGUUAAUCAGCUGCUGGCUGGAUUUGUCGAGACGACGAGCAGAAACCGCUGCUGUGCUGGAACUAAAUCUGAAGUUUUGAAAACGCGUCAGCCGCUCCAAACAUCAUGACUUCCCAGAGUCAUUCAGACUCUCAGAUGGACCAGACUGUGGAGCUUUUGAAGCCGUCGGCGUUUGACCACAUUCCCACAGUGGAGCUGAGUUCCGCUCUGCCUGUGAGGGUUCCUCCUGCCGCCAUCCCCAUGGACCUGCGCGUGGAGCAGAUGCAGACGCUGGACUCGAGCCGGCGCGAGCAGCAGGAGAUGCUGGCGCUCAAACACAAGCAGCAGCUGCAGCGGCAGAUCCUCAUCGCCGAGUUCCAGCGGAAACACGAGCAGCUCUCGCGCCAACACGAGGCCCAGUUACAGGAGCACAUGAAGCAGGAGCUUCUGGCCCUCAAGCAUCAGCAGGAGCUGCUGGAGCAUCAGAGGAAGAUGGAGCAGGAGCUGGAGAAACAGCAGCGCGAGCAGAAGCUCCAGCUCCUCAAGAACAAAGAACGCGGCCAAGAGAGUGCGGUGGCCAGUACAGAGGUGAAGAUGCGUCUGCAGGAGUUUGUUCUGAAUAAAAAGAAAGCACUCGCUCAGCGCAGUCUCAACCACUGCAUCUCCAACAACCCACGCUACUGGUAUGGGAAAACUCAGCACAGUUCUUUGGAUCAGAGCUCCCCUCCUCAGACCGCCGUCAGUACCUACAACCCUCCUGCCAUGGGCGUCUACGACUCCAAAGACGACUUUCCACUGCGCAAAACAGCGUCUGAACCAAACCUGAAGCUGCGUUCGCGGCUGAAGCAGAAGGUGUCGGAGCGGAGGAGCAGCCCAUUACUGCGCCGCAAAGACAGUCCCAUCAGCACGCUGAAGAAACGCUCUCUGGACAUGGCAGAUUCGGCGUGUAGCAGCGCUCCUGGAUCUGGACCCAGUUCCCCAAACAACAGCUCACACGGAAACCUGUGCGAGAACGGCAUCAGCGUGACUGAGUCGUCUCACAGGCCGGCUGGUCAGGACGGGUCGGUUAGUCAGCUGUCGCUCUACACGUCUCCUUCACUACCCAACAUCACCCUGGGUCUGCCGGCCACUGCCACCAACGUGACGUCUACCCAGCUUGACAGCGAAUGUUUGUCUGUGACCGGUUUACCCAUAAGCACUCCAUUCCUGGUCACCCCUCACCUGCCGUCAUUUCUUGGCAAUUCGGAGACUGCAAACUCCCACAAUGCACUGCUGCAGCACAUGGUCCUUCUGGAGCAAUCAGCCCCACCGAGUCCUUUAGCCGUAGAGACACCUAGGAGAGCACAGCAGGCUCUUUUACUGGAGCAGCAGAGGAUCCAUCAGCUCAGAAACUACCAGGCAUCCAUGGAGGAGGCUGGUGCAUUGGUCAGUUUCCCAGGGCACCGUCCUCUGUCCAGAGCCCAGUCAUCUCCUGCUUCCGCCUCCUUCAUCAGCUCGCAGGAGCAGCCUUCCAAACCACAUUUUACCACAGGUCUGGUGUAUGACUCUCUCAUGCAGAAGCACCAGUGCAUGUGUGGAAACACCAACGCGCACCCCGAACACGCCGGGCGCAUCCAGAGCAUCUGGUCUCGGCUGCAGGAGACGGGCCUGCGCAGCCAGUGUGAGUGUAUCCGUGGGAGAAAAGCCACAUUAGAGGAACUGCAGACGGUUCAUUCUGAAGCUCAUGUCAUGUUGUAUGGGACCAACCCACUACGGCAGAAACUGGACAGUUCUGUCAUCUCCAUGUUCGUCAGGCUGCCGUGUGGUGGUAUUGGGGUGGACAGUGACACGGUCUGGAAUGAAGUUCACUCGUCGAGCGCAGCGCGUCUGGCCGUCGGUUCUGUGGUCGAACUCGUCUUCAAAGUGGCAUCGGGAGAGCUGAAGAACGGCUUCGCUGUGGUCCGGCCGCCGGGACACCACGCAGAGGAGAGCACGCCCAUGGGCUUCUGUUACUUUAACUCUGUUGCCAUAGCAGCUAAACUCCUACAGCAAAGACUCAAUGUCGGCAAAAUUCUGAUUGUUGAUUGGGACGUUCAUCAUGGCAACGGAACACAACAAGCGUUCUACGACGAUCCCAGAGUUUUGUACGUUUCGCUUCAUCGAUACGACGAUGGCAAUUUCUUCCCAGGCAGCGGCGCUCCUGAAGAGGUGGGCAGUGGGCCGGGAGUCGGUUUCAACGUCAACGUGGCGUUUACUGGAGGUCUGGAGCCACCGAUGGGCGACGCAGAGUACCUCGCUGCCUUCAGGUAAAAGAGUCUCAAACACGUUCUGCUUGUACAAUGAAUAACAGUCUUACUGAAUUUACGU